GGACAUCCAGACCCUGGACCUGCUGCUCUGAUCCUGAUCCUGGUCCUGAUCCUGAUCCUGAUGGUGGUGCAGGAGAGAAGCCGAGUGGAGGCGAUGGAGGGAAACCAGCAGAGGGUGGAGGUCAACGUCCUCCUCCUGGGGGCCCACGGCGUGGGGAAGUCCGCUCUCACCGUCAGAUUUCUGACCAGAAGAUUCAUCGGCGAAUAUGGAGACAUAGAGACGAUUUACAGUCGCGUCGACAGAAUCGAUGGUCAGGAAAUCUGCUUCAACAUCUGGGACACUCAGUUUAACCAGGGCGACCAGACGUUCCCGCUCAGUGACAAACAGCUGCAUUGGGCCGACGGCAUCAUCCUCGUCUACGACAUCUGUGACCGCUGCAGUUUCGUGUCCGUGCAGCAGCAGCUGCAGCAGAUCCGCCGACGCCGGAAGUCCUCAUCGUCGGCCUCUGGCCCCGCCCCCGCUGUCGUCGUCGUGGGCAACAAGCGCGACCUGCGGCGCCAUCGCAGCGUGUCCGGCGAGGAGGGCCGGCUGCUCGCCAUGUCGCAGCGCUGCAGCUUCUUCGAGGUGUCGGCGGCCGAGACGUACCACGGCGUCCUGCUGGUCUUCCACCGCCUGGUGGACCUGGUCCGGGAGGGACGGGCGCUGAGGAAGAGCAACGGCGGCGGCGUCCGUGGAAUCGUCAGGAGCGUUUCCGCCGUGUUCGCCAAGAAACGGGCCGAGUAGACGUGGACGUUUGUUUCAGAGGUCGGAGACCAGAAGGACUGAGGUCAGGUCGAAUUAAAGGGGGUCAGAGAAAAGUCGGACGAGUGUUUCAGAGCAAAGAGGGCGACAGAGUAUCUCCACGGCAACGGGAAGUUUGGUUCAUGAUCUUCAGAGGAUGAAGCCUCAAGACCUUACUAUGGACAUACAGCCACAAGUUUACUUCCUCAUUUCCUUCUCUACUUCCUCUAGUCCUUCCCUACCUCCUUCGUUACUUCCUCCUCCUCAAUCCUCUUUCUUCUCUUCUUCCUCCAUCUGUCAGGAGGUCUUCAGAGAUCCUGUUCUUCUGUCAUGUGGCCACAGCUUCUGUAAAUUCUGAUACAGUCAUUACACCAGUGUCCAUUUCCUCCUCUACUCCCUUCUUUCCUUCUGUAUUUCCUCCAUUUCCUCCUCUACUUCCUCCAUUUCCUCCUAAAACCCGGGGAACAAAGUGAAUCCGUGUGUUUGAAUCCUGAGGGUUGAUGAUGUGACUCCUACAGAGUCGAACUUCCUGGUCACAGGUUUUAUUAAAUUUAGACAUUAAAUGUAAAACUGUGUUGUUUUUUUUAGGGAUCUGACUUAAACGUAUUUUAAUGUUUGUGUUUAAUCCUGUUCCUGUAAAUAAAUCUGUAUUUAUUUGUGUUGUACGGUUUGAAUUAAAACCUGAUGAAGAGAGUGAA